AAGGGCCUGUGCAGGAAAUCCGCUCAGCUUCUGCAGUGGGACCUGCCCCAAAACUUGGCAGCUCCUUUAGUCUGGACGUUGAUGGCGGCACAAAGAGGUGCCUGUGCCAUGAGCGAUGUGGUGGAGAGAAGUUUGGAAGGACCCUUAGCACCCACUACAGACACAUCCUCCCAGAAAAGAGAAGACUUGGUGGAAAUAUUAAAUGGGGAGAAGGUAAAGUUUGAUGACGCGAGACUCUCCUUAAUUCUUCAGAACGGCCUGGAGACCCUCCGAGAGGAAAACGCUUUGACAGAUGUCAUCUUGUGUGUGGACGUUCAGGAGUUCUCUUGCCAUCGUGUGGUGCUUGCUGCGGCCAGCAACUAUUUCAGGGCAAUGUUCUGCAAUGACUUGAAGGAGAAGUACGAGAAAAGGAUCGUUAUCAAAGGGGUGGACGCUGAGACCAUGCACACUCUGCUGAACUACACAUACACAAGCAAGGCUCUGAUCACCAAGCAGAAUGUGCAGCGGGUUCUGGAGGCUGCCAAUCUUUUCCAGUUUCUGCAGCUGGUGGAUGCCUGUGCCAGCUUUCUCACAGAAGCCUUGAACCCUGAAAAUUGUAUUGGAAUACUGAGGCUGGCGGACACUCACUCCUUGGACAGUUUAAAGAUGCAAGUUCAGAGUUACAUCAUUCAAAACUUUGUUCAGAUUCUGAACUCUGAGGAGUUCCUUGAGCUUCCUGUGGACACCUUGUACCAUAUCUUGAAGAGUGAUGACCUUUGUGUGACUGAGGAGGCUCAAGUGUUUGAGACGGUGAUGAGCUGGGUCCGGCACAAACAGUCAGAGCGGCUCUGUCUGCUCCCCUGCAUCCUCGAGAACGUGCGCUUACCGCUUCUGGACCCGUGGUACUUUGUGGAGAUGGUCGAGGCAGAUCCUCUCAUUAGACAGUGCCCUGAAGUCUUUCCCCUGCUUCAGGAAGCCAGGAUGUACCACCUUUCCGGUAAUGAGAUUAUUUCAGAGCGCACCAAGCCCAGGAUGCAUGAGUUCCAGUCUGAGGUGUUCAUGAUCAUUGGCGGUUGUACAAAGGAUGAACGAUUUGUGGCAGAAGUCACCUGCCUGGACCCACUGAGGCGCAGCCGCCUGGAGGUGGCCAAGCUCCCACUGACAGAACAUGAGCUGGAGAGUGAGAACAAGAAGUGGGUGGAGUUUGCAUGUGUGACACUAAAAAAUGAGGUCUACAUCUCUGGUGGCAAAGAAACACAGCACGAUGUGUGGAAAUAUAAUUCUUCAAUCAACAAGUGGAUUCAGAUUGAAUACUUAAACAUAGGCCGCUGGAGGCAUAAGAUGGUCGUAUUGGGUGGCAAGGUCUAUGUAAUUGGGGGUUUUGAUGGCUUACAAAGGAUCAACAAUGUCGAGACUUAUGACCCCUUCCACAACUGCUGGUCAGAGGCAGCGCCCCUCCUUGUCCAUGUCAGCUCCUUUGCAGCCACCAGCCACAAGAAGAAGCUCUAUGUUAUCGGAGGAGGACCCAAUGGGAAGCUGGCCACAGACAAGACUCAGUGCUAUGAUCCUUCAACCAAUAAGUGGGUUUUGAAGACGGCCAUGCCAGUAGAGGCUAAAUGCAUCAAUGCAGUCAGUUUCCAGGAUCACAUCUAUGUUGUUGGUGGUGCCAUGAGAGCGCUCUAUGCCUACAGUCCUCUGGAAGACAGCUGGUGUCUGGUGACACAGCUCAGUCACGAGCGAGCCAGCUGUGGCAUUGCACCCUGCAACAACAGGCUUUAUAUCACUGGCGGGAGGGACGAGAAGAACGAGGUCAUUGCCACCGUGCUCUGCUGGGACCCUGAGGCUCAGAAGCUGACAGAGGAGUGUGUCCUGCCGCGAGGAGUGUCCCACCACGGCAGUGUCACCAUCAGGAAGUCAUAUACUCACAUCCGGAGGGUUGUGCCUGGAGCGGUGUCUGUGUGACUGCAAAGGGGGGGGGGGUCAAGAAUCUUUCGGCACUGAUUCUAAACCCCAACUUGCUGAGGUUCCUUGUGAGCCUUAGGCUUGGCUCGGGUUAAAGGCUCAUUAUAGGGUAUCUAGGAAGCUGUGGGGUGUAUGAGAGCAGACAGGAAUGCUUGUGCGACCUACCCCGGGUUGAAGGGCAAUGUUUCAGAUUCCAUACAUGCCUGUGCAGGCACUUAUCCAUGGUAAUUCACUUAACUAUGGCAAUGGCCUGCUCCCGGAUAGUGUCCUGCCAGUCUUAGAGGCAGGGAGAAGGGGUUUCAGACAGGGCAACGUUCAUGGGUCACUCAGGGAGCAAGUAGCUAAUCCAGGAAAAACUCAGGUCUUUCCAUGUCAGUGUCUCUCCCACCACACUCUUUAACUCAGAUCGGAAAGCAGAAAGCAUACCCCAACCUUGGGUUUGUAUCUCUUUCUGUCAAGUUCGCUAAAGACAAGGGAAUAAAGGCGUUUGUCUGAGCAGUUUUCCUUUUAUUUCUUGUAUAUAGACCACAAGGGAUUCUGGUCUUGGAGCCUUUCAGGCCACUUGUGUCAAGAGCAUCUUGUAUGAACCCACUACUGGACAAGUCUGUUGGGACUAGUCUGGGCAGGCCCAUUUGUUUUGAAA